AUGUCAUUGACUGGUUCAGACUGCGCCAAUGUCCUCAUGCCAAUCUCCAUCUGCCCUAUUUCAUCGCCAGGCAUCGACUCUAUGGUUCACGCUGGAGCCGACCCAAAGGUUAUGGCACAGACCAAAUUGGCCGUCGAGAAAGUUCUGAGCAAAGAUGGUCUAGGGUGGGACGACGUGGCGGAAGUAUUUCCGUGUGGUGACUGUUUGCAAAUCGCGUCCCAGUCUCGUUUGGUUGACACGGCCAAUGUCCGAACAUGUUUUUUGUGCGAUGGAGCUUCAGUCGAGACGGUGCGAUCUGCACUCGUUGCCACUCUGGCCAACCAUCCCAUCUUACUCUCUUACGUGGUCAUCGACAUGACACAUCUUGACCCUCGGCGGCCAGUCCCUCGACUCGCACCUCUCAUUCGAAACGACCUCCGAGACCACCAGCACGCCUUCUGGUCCAUCGGCACCCCGGAAACCCAUAUUUCCCCGCAUCGAAUUUAUACCGGCGGCGAGACUCUCGACUUCCCCGCCCCCUCCGUGGUUCGUCUCCGGCAGCGGUAUCCCCAUCUCAGCGCCCCGGUUCUCGUCAAAGCAGCCGUGAUCCUCCUGAUUCUGUCGCGGACAAACCACAGCCACGCUCUCUUCGUUAGCAUGGAAGCCGCUCGCUCCGAGUACCCGUUCGUCGACGAUGACGACGGCCACCGCGACGCCGUCGACGUCGCCGGCCCCACCUUCAACUGGGUCUGCAGCCUCGUCGCCUUCUGUCCCGAGGAAUCGAUCCUCACCUUCCUGACGCGCGUGUCCUCGGAACAGCUCGCACAGACCAAGCACGCGCACGUCCCCUGGCAUCGUGUCUUCGAGGAUCUGGAUCUCCCGCGGAUGAGCUGUUCUUCCGCCUCACCAACGGGCUCAUCUUCAACUGGAUUCCAGGGCUCAGGCCGGAGAUGA